AUGGAUGUCGCGGAGCCAUCGGAAGACAUAAAUGCGUUAGCGCAACGUCAUGGUAUCCGCGUCAAGUACUACAAGACCGACGUUGCCAGCGAGGAGAGCAUCGCAAGCAGCUUUGAACGUGCCAAACAAGAUUUCGGCCGCAUCGACAAUUGCAUCACCGCAGCAGGCAUUGCGCUCGAGGGCGACUUCCUGUCGCACGACUGGGACCGAAGCCGCAAAGUGCUGGAUAUAAAUGUGCUCGGCUCCUUUUUCUGUGCUCAGCACGCUGCAUCGUGCACGAGGCAGCAAAACAGUCCAGGAAGCAUUGUGAUGAUCGCUUCAGUGGCCUCACACUGCGCUCUCCCCGGACAAUUCGUAUCGCUGUAUGGUGCCUCGAAGGCUGCUGUAAAGCUCCUAGGCAAAACGCUAGCGGUGGAGCUGGCGCCGUACAACAUCCGGGUCAACACCAUAUCGCCGGGCUUCAUCGAGACGGAGAUGAGCGGAGCCUUGGCCGUGAAGAAGCCAGAGCUGUUCGAGGUAUUCCGUAAAUCCCCGCCACUCCUGCGCAUCGGCCAGCGGCAGGACCUUACGAUGGCUGCAGCAUACUUGCUCAGUUCAAGUGCAUCUUACGUUACAGGUGAGGACAUAGCAGUCACCGGGGGGUUGCAUGCGGGGCGCAUCAAGGUCUCGGAUACUGUGGAAGCCUAA